AUGACGAACAGUCCACAGGCGCUGCGUGGAGCCCAGGACUUCGACUACGACGUGAUCUUCAUCGAGAGGGAGUUGGUACUGGGUGACAUGACUGGAUUAGAGUUCUCUUGGCUGCUACGGCAGUCGAAACUUAAGCGCAGAGUGAAAGCAAACAUCAUGGUCACCACCACAACAAUCCUCUGUGGAUUCACAGACGAUACCAGCCGGCCUGCCGCUUACAAAGCCAGUGGAAUGGAUGGGCUUGCAGCAGCGGUGGCCCGAAAACUCGGCAGUACAAACGCGACUGUCGAUAGAGCGUUACUGCUGCAUCUCAUGGACGACGAUCUUCGCAAUACACUGGGCAUGGAACACCGCCUGCACCGGAAGAAGUGUUAA